CAUGAUGCCUUGAGCCUCAGCUGGGAAGACUCAAAGGCUAGAGAUGACUCAACAGCUGGGAUUGAAAGCAACUGGAAGUGUCUUCAUUCAUGUACUUGAUUGUCUAUGCUGAAAGACCUCUCACAGACAACCACAGGUCACUGGCGUCUUACGGCUUGAAAGAUGGAGACGUUGUGAUUUUACGCCAGAAGGAAAAUGUGGACCCUCGACCUUCAGCGCAUUUUCCAAACUUACCCCGAAUAGACUUCCGUAGUAUAGCUGUGCCCGGCACAUCCAGCUCCCGGCAGCGGCAGGCACCAGGAGCACACCAGUCCCACUCAUCUCCCGGAGAAAUAGCUUCAUCUCCUCAGGGGUUGGACAAUCCAGCCUUGCUCCGAGACAUGUUGUUGGCCAACCCCCAUGAGCUGUCCUUGCUGAAGGAGCGCAAUCCACCCCUGGCAGAUGCUCUGCUCAGUGGAGAUCUUGAGAAAUUUUCUAGGGUCCUGGUGGAGCAGCAGCAGGACCGAGCCCGGAGAGAGCAAGAAAGGAUUCGUCUCUUUUCUGCUGACCCUUUUGAUCUUGAAGCUCAGGCAAAAAUAGAAGAAGAUAUAAGGCAACAGAACAUUGAGGAAAACAUGACGAUAGCUAUGGAAGAGGCCCCGGAAAGUUUUGGCCAAGUAGUGAUGCUUUAUAUUAACUGCAAAGUGAAUGGACAUCCUGUGAAAGCCUUUGUUGACUCAGGUGCCCAGAUGACUAUUAUGAGCCAAGCUUGUGCAGAAAGGUGUAAUAUAAUGAGGCUGGUGGAUCGUCGGUGGGCAGGGAUCGCCAAAGGAGUGGGCACCCAGAAGAUUAUUGGAAGGGUACAUCUAGCUCAGGUUCAGAUUGAAGGAGAUUUCCUGGCGUGUUCCUUCUCUAUACUCGAGGAACAGCCCAUGGACAUGCUUCUGGGGCUGGACAUGCUGAAACGACAUCAGUGUUCCAUUGACCUCAAGAAAAAUGUACUCGUGAUCGGCACCACAGGCUCACAGACCACCUUCCUCCCUGAGGGAGAGUUACCAGAGUGUGCCCGGUUGGCAUAUGGGGCCGGGCGGGAGGAGGUGCGGCCAGAGGAGAUUGCAGACCAAGAAUUAGCAGAAGCCCUUCAAAAAUCCGUACAGGAUGCAGAGAAAAGUGGUGAAGAAACUACCUCACUGGGAAUGUCAUCGUUACCAGCUUCAGAUGGAUUUAACCAUCCGGCCCAUCCUUCAGGACAGAGUCCUGAGAUUGGUAGCCCUGCGGGUCUUGCUCACUCUGCCUCUGCUUCAGUCUGCCCUGUCAAGCCCGGUGACCCAGACAGCAUCGAACCUAAAGCUGCGAAGGCUUUGAAGGCUUCCACUGAAUUGCAGACCACCUCUGAGAAGAAAGACCAUCUUCCGCUACAGGGUUUCCCUGAUCGGGCCUCUCCAGCAGACCAGGGCCCCACUAUGCCUUUGCAGAGUCCACCCAAGGAAGCCAUUGUCACAGGUGAUCUGGAGACAUCUGCUGAAAGAAGCACCCAGGGCCUCAACUCUCAUCUCCACAUAAGACAGGAAGUGUCUGUCACAACUACUAGGAUGCAAGAACUGCAGAGGUUUCUAGGUGAAAAGGGUUGGCAUCCAGAAUGUCAGAAUCUGAGUCAGGUGAAUGGUCUUCAACAGCACGAGGAAUCGGGGAUUGAGUGGCAUAAGGUUGUACAACAAAAUGUGCCACACGACCAAGAACAUCUUUGUAACACAGGGGACCUUGAACUCCUCGGAGAAAGGCAACAGAAUCAACCAAAAUGUGCUGGUGUGGAAGCUACAAUGAAAGGAGACGGGCUACAGCAGAUUGUGGGCCUUCCAGGUGCACAGAACAGUCCACCCUCAGGGUGCUCGGACUGCUCAAAUGCAGAAACACUUAUGGAAGUAGAUGUAGUUGAACAGCCCCUACUUGCUGUGCUUAAUUCGGCAGGUGGUCAGAAUGCCAGUGUCGUAGACAUCAGUGCAUCUGAUCUCCCCUUAGAUAGUCCCUUGAUGGAAGUAGAAACAUCAAAAUGUAACCCUUCAUCUGAAGUUUUGAGUAGUUCCCUUUCCACUCAGAAUUUACAGCUCCCAGAAAGUAAUGUGGAAGUGUCGGGAACAAAUAAAGACUCUGGGACUUGCUCCCCAUCUGCAGGUCUCAGUGGCAGCUGUCAGCCCUCUGUGGAGUCGGCAGAGGGGUCGUGCUUGUCUAUCACCGCAGCCUUGAAGGAACUUCAAGGGCUUUUGGUCACUAGCAGUAAACCGGCUUCAGAAAAUACGUUUGAAGAAGUUGUCUGUCCAUCAGAAACAGUAACUGAGGGCCAAGCAGGUUUGGGGAUCCUUUCUGAAAGAUGGAUCCAGAGUGAACAGUGUUCACAAGUCUCCUUUCAUCAGGCCACAUCUGUAUCAGUGAAGACAGAGAAAUUAACAGACACUUCAGCUGGCACUGGAAUAGAAGAUAUAGAAAGUAUUAACUUAAGGGGUCCAGCUGAUGGCCUAUUAACCGAUACAGAAGGUGUCCCCAGGUCUAGGGAAUCCGGAAAUGAGAGCGAUUCUGUCACUCAAUCCUCCGCUAAAACAUCUAAUCAAUUACACUGCACCUUAGAUGUAGAAAUUUCACCCAAACUUUUAACAGGUAAGGAGGAUGUACUCGAUCAGACUUCGGAGCAAACUAAGUCCUUUUCAUCAGAUUUCAUAUUGGUUAAAGAUUUGGGUCAGGGCAUACAGAAUCCAGACAGGCCUGAGACCAGAGAAGAUGUCUGUCCUGAAGCUGCGGGGCCACUUGGUGAAUUUGAGCCACCUACCAGCUAUCCAUCUUCCAGUCCCUCCAUUCUUCCACCAUUAGUGUUUCCUGCUGCAGACAUUGACCGGAUCCGCCAUGCCGGCUUUACUUUGCAGGAAGCUCUUGGGGCUUUGCAACAAGUUGGUGGAAAUGCAGACCUUGCACUUCUUAUUUUGCUAGCAAAGAACAUUGUAGUUCCUACGUAACCAUGGAAAAGUGGGCUAGACCGUACUCCAUUCCCUUAAAAAGAAAAUGCUCUAUAUACACACAUGCACACACACUCACCACAUAUACAGUAUAUGUAGAAACCUGCAAGCAGAAUGUUGAGCCAGAUUUUUUUUAAAGAUUUUUUUCAGCCAAAGUAAUUUAUGAUCUCUUGUCUGAUGAAUUUGUCUAUUUGUUAAAAUUUGGGCCUUUUUAAAUGUAAUGGCAGUAUGUGCAUACAGAAGCUUUUUAUUCUCAUUAAGAUGAUGUAUUCUGGAAUAAAAGUGUUGGCUUUGUGUAUAGCGUACCAUUUGAGAAUGAGAGUGGAUGCUUUGAGAAGCAGAAGCCUGAGAAAUCCCACCAGCCCUGCAGCUAGAAGAGCAGAUCAAGUUCACACUUUGGCUGUGUCUGUGCUUCAGGCAAAGGUGUGGCUUGUUGGUUCGGUUGUCAGUUUACAAACUUUUGACCACAUGGUUUGGGUGUUUGGCAUUCUACCCAGUGCUCUGUGUAUUAUGAUUCAUCAGUUAUAAUAGGAAAAUUGAAGAAUAAUUGAAUAGUAUUGCCUAGAGUGGUCUGUUAUUUGUGUGGUUAGGAUUUGACAUUUUAAAGGGAUGAAUCAGGAGGGUUUAAAACAUGAUUUACUUUUUGCAUCACAGGCUGCUGCGUGGAUUGCCACAUAUCGCGGAUGGGAUAUUGUGUGGGAAUUAACAUUAGAGUGAAACAUGGUGCUACCCAGAUUUCAGACAAACAAACCUGCAAUUCCAUUUGCAAAUGUCUUGGUGAUGCUUUAAGAACUGAGUGAAAAUAAUGACCUAAACACUGGAAUUUACUGGAGAUUGGGUUUGCUAGCAUCUCACCGAUCACACCCCAACCCUCAGUGAUCGUAAAUUCAGCUAAUGGGUUCAUUGCCAGUAGUUUAUUUUCUUUCUAAACUCAUCUUCUACUAGGAAGCUUCUUCUAAAGCUCAGUUUGAGCUGUGAUCUGCCUGAACUAUUGACAUGUGGACCUUGUCGCCGGUUCGUCUUGGUGCUUAGAAGGGUCAGUCUGGCGAGUGCUUCACGGCAGCGGAAAUAAAUAGUAAUCGCAGCUUCUGACUCAAGUGGCCUUGGUAGUGUGUUCCAUCUCUUUCUCUCCUCAGGAGUUCCUUUUGUUAAGCAAAAAGCGUCACAUUUGUUUACCAUGUCAAGUUAGAGUGGGGCACAGCAUUACAGAUGUAUUUAUUGUGGCCUUUUUUAUAUAAGGACUAGCCCUUGGAAGUCAUUGUCCUGUGGGCCCCACUGUGCAAUAAUCCUACUGGAUAGAUUUUAGAUCCCACUCCCACCCCCACCCCGGAAAGAAAACUGCCUUCUCAUGUACCUAAAAGGAAUCUGAAAUCUUGGUUUUAUUGAAAAGAAUUCUGAGCAUGGCAAUUCUCAGUUCCGGGUUAUAGUUCACAGUGUGUUUGCAACAACCUUUGAAAUGGUGAUGUUGGCUUAGUAUAAAUGAUACUGCCUAAAGUCAGACCCUCUUUGAAAGCUCACUCUUUCCAUCAAAAUUCAAGUCAUUUAGCACAAUCAAAACGGAGGCUCAUAUCUCAGGAGUUUUUGACAUUUUAAUUCGGGGCUACUUCAAGGCAUUUCUUUUCUACCCUAUUCCAUCUUCUUUCUCUUGGCUGUGGGGGGUGUGUGUGUGUGUGUGUGUGUGUGAGUGUGAGGACACUUUAAUAAGGUGAUGGAAAGUCGCAUAGGUUCUGCUCAAUCCUCUCGGUCAGCAAGCAGUUGACAGCAGUUGUAGUUGGCUGUUUUCUAGAGGGUGCUCAAGAACAGCCGGCCAACUGGAUUGUCUAGAGUGUUCUUUGUGGGACAGCCCCGUGCUGCCGGCCCGUUCGCCUGCCCUGCACCAGAGAUGCACGGUGCACGAGGGAACCGCUUCCAGGACUUCUGCCCACCGACUCAGACCUGCGACCGAAACGAAGUAGCUGGCGCUGUGCCUGAAGCAAAAUCAGUGGCAGUGCGGUGGGUCCCUGUGUUUGUGGGUGGUGAUCGGGAUUUAUUCUCAGCAUACAGAGUGGGGUGGGUGUGGAGUGGAGAGACAGCAAUGACAGGACUCCUCCACAAAAGCCUUCUGUGUGAAGAUGGGCCUCACGGUGCUCUGAGCGGGUGGCACCACUCAGAGCCCGGGCACUGACUUCAGUGUGGAGGCUGAGGACUCAGUCCCAAAGGUGGACUGUGGAAUAGCAUCCAGGAAGAGGUUUCAUUGCAAUAGCUUCAUGUGUGUGUGUCUGUGUGUUUAGGAGAAAAUCAAUUGAGCCUGUGUGUGUGUGUGUUUAGGAGAAAAUCAAUUGAGCUUGUAGGUGUGCAUGUGUUCUUGUUAGGAAUACUUAGAAUGAGCUUAACCCAAAUAUCCUUGUCCUUUUUCAUCAUUUAUUUUCCAGUGUAUAAGUGCUUUUUAUUUUUAAGAUCUUAUUUCCUGUCCAUCGUUUGUAUGGCAGUCAAGUUGUUGCUCUUGCAAGGGUUUUGAGUCAUCUGUAACUCCAGCAGUUCUAGAACACAGAGGGGAUUAAGGAACACGAUACUAGUGAACCGACAGUUUUUAUUCAAAGCGCAGAAAUGAGAGAUGAAUUUCUCCAAGAAUAAGAUUGAGUCAUGAAACCCCUCUGCCUGCCAGCAGACUGGUAACGCCAGCCUGACCAGUAAUGGGCCAUUUCCGUGGAUGGCUCCUUGGCCGUGACCAGUCAUGGACAGCCUUCCGGUGGGCGCCUACCUUCAAGAGUGGUCUCAGUUUAUUCACCAAAGAGAGAAGACUUUUAUGUGUAACUUCUGCAUUUCCCCUGAAGUUGGUUCCUGUGGGUAAGAAUAUGCUUGGUAACCAGACACCUAUAUCUAGGUUCUAGAUUUUGCCCAUUGAAGGCAAUAAGAAUUAUUUCCACUUGUACCUGUUUAUGCUCCGGACGUCAGCCAAAUAGCCUUCAUCCCACAGUUUGGGCUUUAGCCAUAAACAUACCAAGAUUACCAGUUGCUUGGCAAAGGGAACUGGAUAGAUGGUGAGUGUGUGUGAAAACGAUUUUGCCUUGCAUUCUACCCACGUGUUUUUCCUCAAAACACUUUUCCCAGCAAGAGGGUUGCAUAAAAAUGGAAAGAUUCGCGAGGCUUCGUGUCACUAAUUUUAUGGUGGCCAUUUCAAGUGGAAUCUGCCUGUUCUUCCCUUAGCACUUCUGUCUCUAGUAAAAGCCAUGAAAAUGUAGUUGGUUUAACCACCAGCUCUUGUGUAUAUAUACAUGUGUGGUUGACGACUGUCCUACACUUAACUCUAUAUAGAUUAAUAAGCAAACAGUUCUGGUAUCUACAGUACAUCCUUCACCGUGGCUUUUAUCCCACUGUAUGUAUAAAAGACAGCCUUGCAAAUACCUGGCCAGGAGAACACAGUGCUUUCCGGUUUCCUUUCUUACCUCUUGGACACCGGCCCCUGCCCUGAGGGUGAACAGGAUAACUGAACUGUUACUAUUCCGAAAUUCUUACCUCUGGGAACAUCGCGAGCGAAGCUAACUGGAUUAUGCAUUCUGCCAUUCUCUCGCACAAAUACCAAAACGCUCCAUUUCUCCUUUGAACUUGGUGACUCUGUUUCUAGUUCAGCCACAGAGUACACUGAGUUUCUCCUCGUAGAAUAUGACUGUUACCUUUCAUGUUAGGAGUUCCAUAAAAUAAAAAUAGCAUUUUCCUCUGAAAGAAUUUAAAAUGCCAGUUCCUCGUAACGAAAUAAAUUCAAAGCGUGUCCUUGAGAACUGGAAAUGUACAGACAUGGCUCGAGUUCUGCACCUUAGUGGACCCUUGUUAGGUGUCACCGGGAGUUUGUUGAAUAAACCGAAGAACUUGGGGAUGAACCUUUGAUGUGCUUGACCUUCUCCCGUGCCUUAGUUUCUCCAAAUAGCAGAGGCAUCUCAUUCUGGUGGGACAUGAAAGUAGAAAUAUGGGGGAGGGUCCGUUGAAAGUGGCCCUCCCGAAGAUAGCACACAAGGAGUGGUCUUGAGGCCCACCUAGACUAUUCAGAGUCAUCCAGCAGCAAACCAUUUGGUAGAACUACUCGAAGAGACACGGUAUUCAGAAGUCCGUUUAUGCCGUGGGUGGGGGUGGACAGGGUAGGGAAGUACAAGUAAGUGGAAGUGAUCCUACACAUGCACAGUGACAGCAUCCUCCCCACUCCCCCUGGGCCGGCUGCUCUGGACCACUGACCAUCUGGGCCAACAGGACCUAGAGGAUUCUGCAGGGUUUGCUGUUUUAAAGCAGCUGAAUGCAAGAUGUGAAAAGGGGGACCUGGAGCAGAAGCUAACAGCCAGCAAGGGUGUGGGACUGGAUGAUGGGCAGCAUUUGUAAGAGGACUCAAGACUAGCAAAUCUUUCCACAGGACCACUCCAUGUAAAGGACAUUCUUUAACCCAUUAUUUAAAAUGUCAUCACUUGUAAUCCCGAGGCACACAGGGAGAAUUUCUGGACUUGAACUACUAGUGAGUUGAGAGGUUUACAAUGAGUUAUGUAUUGGUGAUUGGUAACCUGGACCCUCUGGGGGCUCUAAGGUGAGAGAUGUAGCCGGUACGUUUUAGCACACAGUCUUGUGGGAUUAAAUCUGCAGAGGGAAUAGUUCAAGAGUGGAGGAGUUGGAGAGUACUUAUUCUACCUGAAAAAGCUAAGCAAACUACAGAAGACCCGGAAUGGGGACGUGGAAUACAAAAUCAGAAUAAUCCUUACCGAAUUAUAUCCCUUUAAAUAUGUACCAUAAGGUUUUCAUUAGCUGACUUGAGGAAGGGGUAUACUGGGAUAUUUUUUCCUGGGAAACACAUGCCUGAUGGGAAAUGAUGCUGUUAACCAGGAGUUUGUUGUACACACAACCUUGAGUGAAUGCAUCUGUGGCUUAAAGAAAGGCAGACCUCUUACUAAUUUCCUACUGGAGGCAGGCAGAUUAGUUUCUUUCUAAAUUCCUUUGGUCUGAGAGUACCUGAUGCUGACCAGACUUCUUUUUCCGUCCCUUAAGGCUCUGCAGCUGAGUUGAUGCCACCCAUCUGUGACCUUCCCCUCCAUGAUUCUAUUUCCAUUCUCUAGUCUCUUUGCCAUCCUUUGAGAGAAUUCUGGUGAUAUACUAAGAGCACUGCAAUAUACUGAUCGCAUCUACUUUUUUCACUGUGCACCUUCGAUGGAAGCUAAUUGCUCGUUUAAAUUCAAAUCUCAUCCUCACGGCAAUUUGGGCCAAUGGCCUUUGCACUCAAGGUUUGUUUACCAGUUUUGUAGCCAUACUUGGUGAAUCUCAGCAAAUAGAAAUGGCUCUUUUUACCUUAUUUGUUCUUGCAAUUGCUUGUGUAUGCUUUCCUGACUUUUCUUUACGCUUUGAGACUACUGCAUCUCACGAGAACUGGGUUGAUUGGCAAAAUAGGCUUGCCGAUAAUAGCCCAGUCUCUCCCCUAAUGCUUUGGUUUUGAGAGUUGGGAAACUGAGAGCUUAAGGGAACCAAACUCAGGAAUCCCAAAGUUGGUUGCAUUGUGCCAUUGGUUUAGGGGCUGGACGUAGGGCCAGUUUGGAGCUGAGUGAACUAGAUGCGUUUGGAUUUGAGUUGUUGUCACAUGAUGAAAUGUAAGUCAGCCCUAAAUAAUCAAAACACUUUAUUUUAUUUUUCUUUUUUUAAUAGGAACUUUCUGAAGAAAAGUGAUGUGUAAAACAUUUGAUAUUUAAGACAAUAAAGUUUUUAUCAUAAGACUCUUGUUUGAUCAAUUUAUUUUCACUUGAAAUGGUUAAUUAAUUGGUAUCCCUGUCUCUCUUUCCUUCCUGCCCCUUUAAGUCACUUCUACCCAGGCUCUGUGACUUGCCAUGUGCCUGAACCCCAGGAGAA